ACUGCGUCUGUGAAUCCUUCUCCAUCUCCAUCUCUCUCUAAAACCCUAAAACUCCACAAGCCUUUAACGAAGAGGAGGUGUUCCAGAAUUUAGUCAACGUUCACGGUGGAGCACUAAAAGCCUUGUAAGCCCAACGCUUGACUGAAGCUCAUUUGUUAUUUACUCCGUAAUUAAUCGAACUGGACUUUAAUACUUUUGAACCAUAUGUAAUGGGGAGCCAAGACAUGUUAGAGAAUGGGGCAGUGGAAAAUGGGGCUGGUACAGCUUCACUCCAUAGUGGUGGAUUGGAACAAAUGAUUGAUGGUGGAAAGGAAAGUAUGAAUUUGAGUGAGGAUAUUUUAGAGGAUUUAGAUGUGUAUUGGGAUGAUAUUAAUAACCGUUUGGUGGUUUCACGGAUGGUUAGUGAUUCUGUCAUUAAGGGGAUGGUGGGUGCUGUAGAACAGGAAGCGACAGAGAAAAUCAGGGCUAAGGAAAUGGAACUGGCCAAGUUGAAGGAGUACUUAAAACUGCCUGACAUGACUGCUGAUAGAGUUGAGUUACUAGGAUCUAGUACCUUAUCAAAUGAACCAGAAAGUGUGCAACAUUUUACCUUUUUGUAUGGAUUCAAGGAGCAUGAAAAGAUGAGGGACUCAUUGAUUGGGCUAAGAAGUUCAGUAGAAGAGCAGUUCAAGAAACUUAAGAAGGACAUUUAUGGGGUCAGAGAUCGUAAUUCACUUAGAAGGAUGGGUUCUGGUUCUGAGUUGGUGGGGCUGGGUGGUAUUCUGCAGGAAAAGGAGUCUGGAAGCUGGGUUCAUGUAGACAAAACACUGAAUAACCUGAAGACAACUAUUGAUAGUAUCUUUGCACAGGUGGGUGAUAUACUACAAUUGUCGAAGGCAUCUCUAGUUGAGCAGGAGGAGAAAGACCUCGAAGGAGAGCUUGAGAAAAUGAUGAUGCAGAACCUGUUGCGGAGUGUGCUGGAAGACUUUGAAAACAAAUUGUGGGAUCAAAAUACUCAAUUUUACAACAGCCAGAUUGAAAAGCUCACUGAGAUCUCUAGCUUACGAGCUGACCUAGAUGAUAUAUUGAAAUCAUUGCUGAGCUCAGAAAGUGGUCAUCUGAUAUCUCAUGGAUCUCAUGAUAUCUUGAGAGACCAUGUUGUAUCUUCAAAAUCUCUUUGUGAGGGAAAUGAGAAAGUAGAAGAUUCAAGAACUGAUGUCCCUGACAAUUUUGAAGCAGCGCAGUUAAAACACUUAACAAAGGAUGAAAUGGUGGGUUAUUUUAACAACAUGAUAACAAAAAUGAAGAGAGACCAUGAAUCCAUUGUACAAGCAAAAACAGAAGAACUAUUUACGCUAAAAGCAGAAUUCCUAAGGCUUAGAGAAAGAGGUUCAUCUGUGCCACAUAGGAAGGAUAAGGAACUUGAUGCAGUGAGGAAAAAGAUCCCAGACAUUCUUUGGAAACUGGAUGGUAUCCUUUUAGGGAAUGAGAAACUUCCUGCAAUCACCUCUAAGGAUGAAAAUCUAUGCAGUUUGAAGAAUAGACUUGAGAGCCUUCUUUCUGAAAAUUGUCGUCUUAGAGAUUCACUGGCAUGUAAGAAAAAUGAAGUGAAGUGUCUUUCCUCCCAGGUUUCUGACGCUACUGAGAAGAUUCUUAAGCAUUCCUUGGCUGAAGAAAAAAUGCUAAGGCUGGUAGAUAAUCUCAAUUUGGUUGCUGAAGAUGUAGAUAUAGAAGCUUUAAUCAGGGAAGAAGUAUAUAAAUGUUUUCUAAAGGAUCUCAGUGAAGGCUCACAUAUGCAGCUUCAUAUGGUGCAGGAAAUUUAUGAUACUAUUUUCAGGGAAGCUACUGUGAAUGCUGAAAGUACUUGCAUGCUCAAAAUAGAAGAUUCAGACUUGGAGUCUUUGAUCACACAAGAACUGUAUGCAGUGGUUUGUGUUGAAGCAAUCAAGGAUUCUGAGAAAAGGUUCAAUGAAUUAUAUGGAGACUAUUUAAAAGAAAGUGAGGCUCGAAUUUCUCUAGAGCAGCAAGCUUCUCAAAGGGAAAGUGAUUUUACAUUGAAGGCUGAAGAGAACAUAAGGUUGAAGGAAGAACUAGUUGCACUAAAGAAGUCAUUGGAAGAAAAAGUCCAAAUAGCAAGUGAUGUUGUAACUGCACUAGCAAAGGAGAGGAAUCAAUUUGACCUAGUUUCUCAAGAGCUGAAUAGUCUAAGAGAACAGGUGACUAAGCAGCAAAAAUUAGUUUCUGAAAAUUCUGAGGAAUUAGAUCUUGUAAAAGGUCAAUUGCUAGAAGCAACAAAACAAAUUGAAGUAUUUAGGGAGGAAUCACAUCUACUAAACCAAAAGCUUGAACAAAAGGUGGAAGAGUUGAACAAAGUUGAUGAUGAAAGAAGGAUGAUACUUGCUCUUUCUGAAGAGAGGCGAAGCAACUUGUUAUUACUAGAAGCUAAGGAAAAAGAUUUAAUGAAACAGAUGGAUGCUGUAAAUGGGAGUAUAAAUGAGCUAUCAACAAUGCUUGCUGAUUUUGAAUUCAAGGUGACAGGGAGAAUCAGUACAAAUGAAUUGAGGUUGGAACAUUCACAGGCUCAAAUGAAAUCUCUUGUCAAGAAGGCUAACUUACUUAGAAAGAGGACUUUGGUCUGCCAACAAAGCCUUGAAAAGAGAUGUUCAGACCUUCAAAUGGCCGAGGCAGAGGUUGAUCUUCUCGGGGAUGAGGUGGAUGCACUUUUGGGCCUACUUGAAAAGAUUUACAUAGCACUUGAUCAUUACUCACCUAUUCUAAAGUACUAUCCCGGGGUUAUUGAAAUUCUUAAGCUGAUCAGAAGGGAAUUGGGUGGAGAAUCUACUAAAGCAGUGUAAUUGUAUCAUUCGUGAGAAAAACUUCAAUGCUGUGCAAUGCCACUCUUUUCCACAAAAUUUUUUUACCACUUAACACUGCAAUGACAAAGGCAAGGUUAAGAGAUCCCAUCUGCAGAGGCUUUGGCCUUCGAGCUAAAGCUACAUCUAACGGGAGCAGAAA